CAUCCAGUGCAAACUAAGAAGUACUUAAUCAAUUCCCUGAUAUGUUACAAUUUUAUGAGUUUGUUUAGCAAAAAUACGAUAAUAAUGGGUACGGAAUGGUCACAUACCAAUAAAGAAUCUUUCAACCCAACUUAAGCUCUUCUCAUAUGUAUAAGUAUACUCAUAUAAGUCCAUGCGUUUGGGAAUCUCGACGGCAAUCGCUUACCGCUCGCAGAGCAGACAGGGCGGCUUCUUGAUUCAGCAGAACUCCAGAUUGUUUUUGUUUAAAUUGGUGUAUUAAUAGAAUAACAGCAUACGUGAAAAUGGAAGUUGUGUUUACAAUCAACGGAAGACCGUUCAAAGUUAAUUCCCAAACCGUAUCGGUGGACACUUCUUUGGGAACAUUCAUACGAAAAAUCGCCCAAUUGAGUGGAACUAAAAUGGUCUGUCGCGAGGGUGGCUGCGGAAGCUGCAUUGUUAAUGUUAACCGACUGGAUCCCGUGACGAAAGAACGACAAACCUGCGCUGUCAAUUCGUGUUUGCUUCCCGUAUUCUCGUGCCACGGAUCGGAUAUUGUGACGGUUGAAGGAAUCGGUGAUAAAAGGCGAGGGUAUCACCCUGUUCAACGACGUCUGGCGCACUUCAAUGGUACUCAGUGUGGUUUUUGCUCUCCUGGCAUGGUCAUGAAUAUGUACAGCCUACUGGAGUCCGCCCAGGGACAGGUUACCAUGCAGGAAGUGGAAAACUCAUUCGGUGGAAACCUUUGCCGUUGUACCGGUUAUCGGCCGAUCUUGGAUGCCUUCAAAUCGAUGGCUGUUGAUGCGGAUGCCGAUUUGGUGCGAUCGUGUCAGGAUAUCGAAGAGUUACCAAAAAUUUGUCAUAAUACGGGCUCAGUUUGCCAGGGGAAAUGUGUCAAUGCCUCGGAGAAUAUACAUCUAACCUUUGAAGAUCAACGUGAAUGGUAUAAGGUCUACCGUCUCGAAGAUGUGUACGACAUUUUUGAAAGGAUAGGUUCAAAAUCGUACAUGCUGGUGGCGGGUAAUACUGCACACGGUGUAUUUCGUCGAGCGUACACAGAAGUGUUUAUUGAUGUCACUUCAAUAGAAGAACUGAAGGACCACUCACUGAACGAAUAUUUAUCAAUCGGAGCGAACGUUUCCAUAACAGAAACUAUGAGAAUACUCAAAAACGCUGCUGCUGAAGACCCUAACUUUUCUUAUUGUAAUGAACUGGUCAAACAUUUGGAUUUGAUAGCAAACAUUCCAGUUAGAAAUACAGGCACAUUGGCUGGCAAUCUGUGUCUCAAAAAUCAACACAAUGAGUUCCCUUCGGACUUGUACCUUCUGUUGGAGACCGUAGGGGCACAAUUAACCAUAGUUGAAGCUGGCGGCAAACUCAACAUUGUCUCUGUCCUUGAUUUUCCCAAACUCAAUAUGAACAAGAAAAUUCUUCUGAAAGUAACAUUGUUCCCACUGACUCCGGAAUUCCACGAGUUCAGAUCGUACAAAAUAAUGUCUCGGGCACAGAGUGUUCAUGCCUACUUGAAUGCGGCAUUCCUUUUCACAGUCACAAGAGAGUCAACCGUUGAACAUGUGUCCAUCUGUUUCGGAGGGAUACAUUCGAAGUUCACACACGCUACAAGAACCGAAGGCUAUCUUCGAGGCAAAAAACCCUUUUUAAACGAAAUAAUGCAGGAGGCACUAAUCACAUUACUGUCAGAGGUGGAACCGCACAACACGGAGUUGGGAUCAUCUCCUGCUUAUCGCAAACAACUUGUUUCCGCACUUUUCUACCGAGCAGUCCUAGACAUCACACAAAAGAGGCAGCUACCCGUGAACCCGAUUUACAGCUCCGGGUGCACCGGUCUUCAGAGACCGCUUUCAACCAGCAAGCAAGAGUUCCAAACCAUCCAGCAAAAUUGGCCCAUGACCAAAAACAUCCCCAAAGUCGAGGGUAUGGUUCAAACAUCAGGUGAGGCCAAAUACAUCGAGGAUCUUCCCAAUCUACCAAAUGAACUGUACGGCGCCCUCGUUUGCGCUACUCGACCGAGGUCUCGGAUCAUCGAUAUCGAUACCUCCAGUGUACUAAGUGUUCCGGGAGUUCACGUGUUCUAUUCUGCCAAAAAUAUUCCGGGUAAAAAUAACUUCAUGCCGUCGGAGUUGGACAAUCUGUACGUAGAAGAAAUCUUCUGCAGCGAAGAAGUUCUGUACCACGGACAACCGGUCGGAAUCAUUCUGGCAGACACAUUUGAUCUAGCGCACCGAGCAGCACAACAAGUGGAAAUAUGCUACAGCGAACCGGAUGGUAAACCUGUCCUACCGACACUAAAACAUGUACUCGCAGCGGAUGCUUCAGAUCGCAUCCAUGAUCAACCGUACGAUAAAAUAGGUGAGAGAUAUGGUUCGACCGAGAAUUGCCACAAGAAGAUUGAAGGUCGCUUCGAACUACCCAGCCAGUUCCACUUCUCGAUGGAGCCACAAACCUGUAUCUGCGUUCCGGCCGAGGAUAGCAUGGAUGUCUACAGCUCCACCCAGUGGGUUGAUCAGUGUCAAGUGGCAAUUGCUCUAGCCCUUAACAUCCCCGAGCAUCGGUUGAAUUUCUACGUACGACGACUUGGAGGAGCCUUUGGGGCGAAACUUACCCGCGCCUCGCAGGUGGCUUGCGCUUGCGCAAUCGCUGCACACUUCAGCCAGCGACCUGUGCGACUUGUCCUCUCGCUCGAGUCCAACAUGGAGGCGAUUGGGAAGCGUGCCUCCUGCGUUAGUCACUACGAAGUGGAGGUCGACGAGAAGGGCAAGAUUAUGAAGUUAUUGAACAACUACUGGGAGGACUACGGAUGUAGUUUGAACGAACCGAUAGAGAUGGUAACUGCGCAGUUCUAUAAGAAUUGUUACGACGCAAGCAGCUGGAAGCUGAUCGGCAAAGCAGCCUUGACGGAUUCGGCUAGCAACACGUGGUGCCGUGGUCCCGGUACGAACGAAGGUAUUUCCAUGAUCGAGAACAUUAUGGAACACAUUGCUCACGAGUUGGGAAAAGAUCCGCUAGCUGUUAGACUGGAGAAUAUGGGCCCUGAUUGUAAAAUUCGGGAUCUUCUGCCAGAUUUUAUCCGCAAUGUACAAUACGAAGAAAGGCUGCGGAACAUAACACGUUUCAAUGAAUUAAAUCGUUGGAAGAAACGUGGAAUUGCAGUGGUUCCCAUGCAGUACCCUCAAAUAUUCUUCGGGCAGAUGCAUGCAUUGGUAUCGAUUUUCCACGUAGAUGGAACGGUGUCAAUCACAACAGGUGGCAUUGAUAUGGGACAGGGAGUGAAUACUAAGGUUACCCAGGUGGCAGCACACAUUUUAAAAGUACCAAUAGAAAAGAUCCUCGUUAAGGGAAUGAGUAACUUAACUUCUCCGAACGCAAGUGUUUCCGGUGCAAGCAUGACCAGCGAGGCGGCUAGCUUCGCAGUGAAAAAUGCAUGCGAAAUCCUAGUGAAACGCAUAAAACCAAUUCGAGACGAGUUUCCGAACGAAUCUUGGGAGCAAUUGACUCAGAGGUGUUACAAGAAGAAUGUGGAUCUAUGUGCAAUGUAUCAGUACAAACAAGGAGACAUAAAGAAUUAUGACGUCUGGGGAUUAUGCUGUGCCGAGACCGAGGUGGAUGUCUUAGCAGGAAACGUACAAAUCUUGAGAGUGGACAUUUUGGAAGACACUGGAGAAAGCAUCAGUCCAGGAAUUGACAUCGGCCAGAUUGAAGGAGCCUUUGUCAUGGGAAUAGGAAUGUACUUCACAGAGAAUCUUAUUUACAGUGAUACCACCGGCCAGCUUCUGACGAAUCGAACUUGGAACUACCACUUACCAGGGGCAAAGGAUAUCCCUGUUGACUUUCGAGUUAAAUUACUGCACAAUACAUUCAAUGAAAAUUUUGUUUUGCGUUCGAAAACCACCGGAGAACCUGCAUUGAACUUGACGGUAGCCUUACUGUUUGCGUUGAGACAAGCAUUAAAUUCAGCUCGGAGGGAUGCCGGAUUUUCGAACGAGUGGUACACGAUUGCGACCCCUGCGACACCUGAGGAAAUUUUUCUGACAGCUGGCUGUGAAACUAAGAAUUUUAUGCUACAAUGAAAUCUACAAAUAAGUUAAGCAUAAAUUGUGAGUCAAUGACCUUAGCGAUAAAUUGUUUUGUUAGUCAUUAGAUAUAUCUAAAAGAUGAUUUUCA